GCGCCUGAGCUCGCCCCUCCCAUCCCUGCGCUUCGGCUCUCAUCUGAGCUCGCCAAUAAAGCGCUUUUUGUCCGGAGACUCGCCACUUACGCGCAUUCCUUGACGUGGAGGCUUGGUGUAUCUCUCCGGCGAUUUGAUGAGGACUGUUCGGAAGAUUGAGAAUUCACUCUUAAAAAGUUGCUUUGAAGAGAGCGCGCGAGCGCGCACGGAGGACUUCCAGGUCUGGAAUUCACAUCGAUGAAGUAACCUUGUUUUGGAAAGGCUCGACAGAACUUCUCCUGAGUUCUAGGGAAAGAAUACCAUUGAAAGGCUGGAGAGGGAGCGAAGGAGGAAGCAUCUUCAUUGGGCCAAGCAAGGAAAGAGGAAAUUCUUGCACCAUGAAGAUCUUUCUUUGUUCACUCAUGCUCCUUCUCACCAUUCCAGACGCCAUUUUUUCCAGUGAGUGUCCAGAAAGCUGCUCUUGUCAACUUCCAGAUUCCAUAUUUUGUCACCAGAGAUACUCACCUGCCUUUCCCAAGGAUAUCCAUCCAGCCAUAAGGAACCUCUACUUAUUCAACAACAGAAUUGAAGUCAUCAAACGUGAGGAUUUUAGCAAUUUACAGGACUUGGAAUUACUUGACCUCAGCCAGAAUAAGUUGACAGAACUUCCUGAUAGAGUGUUUGAACCAUUGACCUCUUUGAAAAAUCUGGACUUGUCAUCAAACCAGAUAACCCACAUUUCUGAGGAUUGCUUUCAUGGUAUGUCCAAGCUUGAGCGUCUUUAUUUAUACAGCAAUCACAUCACGACCAUCCAUCCAGCAGCCUUUGAUGGCCUAGAAAACCUUCUGGAACUCAAGCUGCAAAAUAACAUGUUAAAAUAUCCAUUUACCUUCUCAAUGCCCCGACUGUUACUUCUGGACCUUAGUUAUAACCUCUUACCAACUUUGAGCCCUUCAGACCUCAAAACACCAAACUUGGAGUCCCUUAAAUUGGCUAGUGUGGGGCUUACCAGAGUGAAUGACCAUCUCCUGAAACAUUUAAAGAAUCUCCAUGAGCUUGACAUUUCAGGAAACCAUUUCACAUCUUUUCCAUCAGGCGUAAAGGAAAUCCCUGGGUUGCUGUACCUUAGCGUAGCUGGAAAUCCAAUGAACCCUCUAAAGGCUGACGACCUGCAGAACCUCAAGGAGCUGAAUCAGUUGGAUAUUAGCAGCCUUGGUUUACAUGGCCUCCCUGAAGAGUUUCCUCUUCUUUUGCCUAACCUCAAAAAGCUCAGAGUAGCUCAAAAUCCCUUUAACUGCCUCUGCAACUUAGUUUGGUUCCCAAGAUGGCUCACAGAUCAGGGUAUCAUCCUGGAAAAAACAGCUGAAACUCGCUGUCAUUUCCCUCUGAGCCACGCUAGAAAGUUAUUAACAGCACUAAAGUACAGUGACUUUGGCUGUCCAAGUACAACUACAGUCACCACCACUACCAUCAAAAGUACAACUACAACCACUUCUGUUCCUGUCACUACUUUGCCAACCACUACUAAAGCUGGUAGAGUACACAAGGAUACUGCCAAUCCAGAUGACAUUACACCACCUUUUGUCACUGAAUCUUCCAGCAUCAAAACCUUGGACAAAAGCAAGGAGCAUUUCUGCCCCCCUCAAACCUGCUUACAUGGGGGUACUUGCCAUCUUCAUGAGCAUGGACAGGUAGAAUGCACCUGUCCACAUGGAACAUCUGGAAUGUAUUGUGAAAUCCAAAACGAAUCUUUGCCUUCCCCACCUGAACCAGAAUCUCCUGAAGCAACAGCCACAGCAGACGAACCUGACAUCACUUUACGUCAACCAACCGGAACCUCAAUCUGUCUGAACCUCCACCGCUACAUUGAACUGCGACCUUAUCUCAGUGGGAUUCGCAUAACCUACCGCAACCUGUCUGGUUCAGACCAAAGACCAAGAGAGCUCAGUCUUCCAAAAUCUAUCUCGGAGUACACGCUCAGAGGCUUACAUCCCAAUUCCAUCUACUCUAUAUGCGUAAGCCCAUUUGGUGCGCCUAUUGGCACAGACAGUGUCUGCACCAAAGCACGCACAAACCCUGAAACCAUCACAGGAAAGAAUGUUGCCACGACUUCUCCCUCUCCUCCAACUACUGCUCUGGUGCCAGCAACAGCUAUCUUACUUAUUUUGGUGGUGAUAGCAGUAGCCAUUGGAGUGGUCUGCUACCUUCGCUGGAAGAAGGGGAAAGGCCACAUGGACUUAGACUGUGAGCCGUCCCAACUAGAGCUGGAUGGAGUUAAAGCUGGCUUAGACAAUGGCGCAUUGCCUCAAAAGCAGCCGCAACAUAUGAACCCUGAACCUGCUGUUCAAAACGGCGGACUGGAAUAUGUACUGCUUCUACAAGAUCACUGUGCAUCGAAUAACAUCAUGCCAUCACACAAGCCUCCCUACUUUUGACAGCUAGAUGUAAGGAGCAGGACUUUUCUUUAGCUGUGUUCCUCCCAGUGGAGUAUGGAGUACAGGAGCUACUGCUUAAAAUUGGAAAGACCAAUAUCACCAUGAGCAAAGAAGAAUUUGGACAAUAUUUAACACACCGCCCUUUGGUCAUCCUAGCAGAUAUUAGAAAGAGUUUUAAAGGCCCUUUGAAAGGCCUCAAAGUGCCUCUACUUCGGACUUAAAUAAAAUUUACAGACUUUAAUUCAGUUUUUAUGUUAUGAGGCUGGGUCUGAUGGUGAAAUGCUGAAACACAUUUAGGCAUAAUUCCUCCUUUAUAUGUACUGCAAAUGUUCUCAAACAAGAUUUGUUGGCUGUCUAGAUCAAAGGGGCCCUACAAAUUGUUCUGUCAAGUGUUUCUGCAGUGUCCGGUAAAUCUUGUGCUACCCCAAAAGGGAUCAACGAAUGCUGUGAAUUAUCUUUGAGAUGUCAAAUGAAGUUGAGCAAAGGAAAGAAACCUGUUGUAAAUAUUUGGAUCGAAAGCUAUGUUUCCUGUUAUAUAUUGUAAAAUAUCUUUUUUACUGUGCAAAACUGUAAAUGAUAAACCCUCACACUUUACCCGCACAUCAACUUUUUGUUUUGUUGCUUUUCUGUGAUACAAGAGCCAAGGAAAAUUCAGAUUAAAAUCUUUGAAGAUUAAAACCCAUUUGGUACCAGUAAGGUUAUAGCUAAAAAGCUUUCCCUGGAUAAUAUCAGACAGUCUAAGUAGAAGUGAGUCUGGUCUGAGUCGAGGCUAAAUCCCUUUCUCUACGCUGAAGCCCUUGGCGGGCUUUGCCUUCACAAAAGCAGAGAGCCGGCAGGAUUACAACAAGGUACAAAGGGAGUCAUUUGACUGAGCUCAGUUCACCAUCCAGUGCUGUCAUUUCUUAUAUACUUUACAGUAAAUGCUUAGAUAACAAGAAAUCAGGAAAAAUAAUCUUUUAUGGCUUUAUUUAUUGAUUUUCUGUCAUACACAACACACUUUAUUUGCUACUUUAUUUGGCUGAAAACAUGCAAACUAAUAAACUUUUAUUAACGGAUAGUUCCUAAAUGUUUGUGAUCUUGGAUGCACUUUUGUUUUAAUGAGAAAAAGUUGUGCUUUUGCUCACUUGUAUCCCGCCUGUUAUUCAACUUCACAAUGGUGUGUUUGAGGCAGAAAAUUUGCAGAGAUCCGCUGGAAAAUAGUUUGAUGGAGUGAUGUGAUCCACAUCUUCAAAUUUCGAGUUAAAGGAAUUAUGUGCCUCUAAAAGUAUGUGUGUUUACAUCUCCGUGAUCAAGCUAGUACAUGCUCUGUCUUGUGCAAAAAAAAGGAAAACCUCCAGAAGAAAAGUUACUAUCAGUCAUUCUCUGAAUAUAUUCAAAUUCCAAGAAGUCCUCAAAACCCCCAAAA